AUGGCGCCCGUGAGCGCGCGCGCGGGCGGCGCGGCGGCCCCGGCGCGCGCGUCGACGCGUCCGACGAGACGUGGACGCGCGAACGAGGGGAAUAGCGAGGAUGGAUUCGAUGGGCCAACACCCAGGGCGACGGACGUCGGGCAGCGCGGGGGGACGAGCGAUAGCGCGGGAAGCGAGGACGGGGUGGUGGUGAUGCCGUCGACGGCGGGGAUGACGACGCAGGAGCGGGCGAAGGCGCUGAUGGCGGCGGCGAAGGCGGCGGCGAAGCGAGGGAUCGCGCGCGUCCCGGUCGGGAGCGCGUCCAAGGCGAAGCACGGAUUGGCGAAGACGCGAGAUGAGGCGCGGGCGGAGGAGGACGCGAAACUGCGAGCGGAUGUGGAACGAUUGAAGGCGGAGGAGCUGACGGUGAUGGCGGAGCAGGCGGCGAAGAAGCGGGUCGGAAUGUUCAGCGCGCGACGCCUGGACGAGUUGAGCGGAGACGAGCUGGGGAUGUUCGAAGACGACUCGGACGACGACGACGAUCCGAAGGCUGCUGCGAAGUACGCGGACGACGAUGAGAGCAGGUCCUUGUUCGUCAUGCACCCGACGACCAAGUUGAGGCAGUAUUGGGACUUUUUGCAAAUCUUUUUGUUGAUGUACAUCGCCUUCUCAGUGCCCUAUCGCAUUGGCUUCUCCGAACCCUCGUACGGGGUUUGGUACAUCGCCGAUUUUUUCAUCGAUAUGUACUUUUACGUGGACAUGGUGUUCAACUUUUUCACGGCGUAUUGGGAGACGAGCUCAGACGACGACGAUUAUCACUACGUCACGAAUUUGUGGAAGAUCCAAAAACACUACCUCAAGGGGUGGUUCAUCAUCGACGCCGUGUCUUUGAUUCCCAUCGAUUACAUUAGUCGCGGUGUGGAUGGAACGUCGGCGUGCUCUUGGGAAUCGGAGGCCGCGUGCGGUGCGGCGGCGCAAGAUUCGAAAGUUCCAGAGGUUUUCCGUUUGUUCAAGAUGCUUCGUCUCCUUCGUGUGCUUCGAACGAUGAGAAUCCUGGAGCGUUACCAAGAAACCCUCUUGCGCGUGUACAAAGGUGUUACGAUUCUCCGUUUAGUUGCCUUUCUCAUACUUUUGUCGCACUGGACGGCUUGCCUGUACGCUUACGUGUACGAUUUCACUCGUGAAGACAUGAGCGGAGAGAGCGGACAAAAGAGCCACAUGUACGUAGCGUCGCUAUUUUGGGCGGUGCAAACGCUAACCACGGUGGGUUACGGUAAUGUCGUGCCAACGACGGUGGCCGAGCGAGUCGUCGCGAUCCUAGUCAUGAUUACCGGUGGGUUUGUGUUUUCCGCCAUCAUCUCUGGCGUGAACAUGACGAUGGAUGAGGAUUCGCCAGGCAACCGCUUUGCGGUUCUCAUGAACCACGUGAGAGAACUGCUCGCGGAAAACAAGAUGCCUAGUGGGUUACAAUCUCGCGUGCGGUCACACUAUAAGUCAUCUGCGAAACCAGCCAAGUUGGUGAAUCGCGACAUCAUUAAACCCCUUCCAGAAGCGAUUCGCGCCGACGUCAACUUUUACAUUUAUGGCAAGCCGAUGGUGACCGGUCUAACAGCGAGCGGGACUGUGGAGCCCGAUUCGAUCGUCAUAGAGAUUCUCUGUCGCACGAUGGACACUAAAAUGUUCGCUCGUGGCUCCAGGAUGUGUUAUCCGUAUGAAUUGGCUGAGAGGAUGCUCAUCACGCUGACAGGCAGGGUGACGUAUUCUCCUGAUGAACAGAGUGGAUUUCAUCACGCCGAUGUGAUGAGAAUCAAACGCAAACGUCUGCGUGAUCAACAGAUAGAGAUCGCGGAGGAGAAAGGGCUACUCAGAGGCCCUGGGACGCUUUUGAAUCCUGGACUACUGUCUGGUUUCCACAAGGGAAUAUUGUGCGCCAUGCCGUUUGAUAAGUACGUCGAGGCGCUCGUCUUGGAUCACGGUGCUUUUUACGACAUGUGUUCACAACAUCAGCCUAAUCUGCUGCGAAACUUCGAAGACGAGUUUUUUGCAUCACUAUCGCGGUUGAAUAGGCCAAAGAUGGCUCGCGUCGCGUUGAGUGAGUGUGAUAGACGAGCGCUACUGCAUCCCGAGACGCGAAACGUUGCCGAAAAUUGGCGCGAGUUGCUCGAAAAGGAGCGAAAAGAGCAGGAUGAAAAACGAGCAGAGAGAGAGAAGGCGGGCGUGAUGGGACUCGUCAACAAAGGUGGAUUAGAGGCGAUCGAUUCCAAGGCAAUGUCGGGAGGUGGGACGCCUGGAGCGACGAUGGGCGCGAUCAAACUCGCCAUGCAGCAGAUGCACGCAGACAUCGUCAACGUCUCCGAGCAAAUCGCCGAGGUGAUGGUUGAGGUGAAGAAAGUUGGCUCGAUGGGAGAGGAGACGCCCCUGAACACGUCUCAAAUCGUCAUGAGCGCCGACGCAAUCGAGAAGAAGCAAAUAAAUAUGGAGCUAAACGUCGAGGCGGUGUACCAGGCGGUGCAGAACCUGAUGGACGUUGGCCCUCGAGGCGGCGACCCCGGUGCUUCGGCUUCAGUGUUUGAUUUCACCGCUGGCAAGGCCGCCGCGCCGACCACCACGGGCGUGAGUCCCUUCAACGCCCUACAGUCCGAUAAGAUUCGCCAACGCAUAGAGGAGGCUCAAAAGCGAGGGGCCAAGCUCGUCGUCACGUCGAACGUCGUCACCGAGGAAGAGGACUGGGACUCCCGAAGACCGACGGUCGGCGUGCAGGGCGUCCGCCCCGCCGGCUCGUCUCGCGCGAAAGAUUUCACAUCGGAGAGCGCCAAGUUCGCCGCCGAUCGCGUCUUCAAGGACUCAUUGUAA